AUAAAAGAAAGCAGCUCCACCUCUCUGCAGGAAUCCUGUACAAAGAAGCUUCAGCAGCUCUUCAUCAAAGGUUGAGACUUAAAGCUCCAACAUGAUCUUGUUCCUCUUCCUGGUCAGUCUGACUCUGGGUGCUCCUUCUGAUGGAAGUGAAGUGAAGCUAAAACUUGAUGACCACAGAGUUCAACUACUGCAAGAAAGCUGUCCCAUGUUCUGGUACAGCUUCAAUGGCCGCUGCUACAAAUAUGUGGCCACACACAUGAGCUGGGCUGAUGCAGAGCUCUACUGUGUGUCACAGCGAGCUAACCUGGUGUCUAUCCACAGUGAGGAGGAAGAGGAGUUUGUUAAAUCAUUAAUUAAGAACUUUGACCUCGCUGAGGGAUGGACCUGGAUUGGACUGAGUGACAUUCAUAAAGAAGGCAGCUGGAUGUGGUCUGAUGGUUCCGCUGUGAAUUUCACCUACUGGCAUGCAGGACAACCAGACAAUUAUGCAACAAAUGAACACUGUGGUAACACUAACGUGUUUGAAGCAAAGAAGUGGAAUGAUCACCAGUGUUCUCUCAAUUUAGCUUCUGUUUGUGCAACACGAAUAACCUGCCCUUAGAAACUCUGAGGUUACAGGGCCCAUGACAAAACAUUCAAUUCUGGUGUCACAGACAUGCACUUGCAAUUUUCAUCAGCACGCAUUUAAUACUUUAGAUAGGGAUGAAUACAGAAAAUACACCUCCUCACUGAUUUUCCCAGAAUUGAUUUUAACAAUAAAUUUUCCGUAUUUGUAGAAACAUGACAAAUGUUUUGUUAGCUGUAGCUCAGGUCACCUACUAACUGGAAGGUUGGUGGUUCGAUCCCAGUCUGCUCCAGUCUACAUGUCAAAUAUUCUUGGGCAAGAUACUAACCCCAUGUUGCUCUCUGAUGUAUCCAUCAGACUGUGAGUGCUGUGUGAAUGUUAGUUAGUAACAACUUAGGAAAAAGUGCUUGUGUGAUUGGGUGAAUGAACAAGUUGUGUAAAGCGCUUUGAAAUCUCAGAGUAGAAAAGCGCUCUGUAAGAACCAGUCCAUUUACAUGAACAAUCAAUCACUUCAACUCUGAGAUGAAGAAAUAAAAUCCUUUAACCAUCCUUUA